UGCCCAUGAGGACGCAGGCAUGACAAAUAACCUCAAAUACAAAAAACAAUUAUUACUUAGUGUCUAAUAAUUUUACAAUGAGUAUUGAUAAUAAAAAAAUGGCAAAACCUCAAGGAAAGAAGAAAAAAGUGAAUGUAUAUCAAAAGAAAAAGUCAAUUCCUGAAUCAAAAAUCAUCGAAGAACUUCAAGCAAAAUAUAAAUCAAUCGAUGAAACUAAGAUUAAAAAAUUCUCUGAUUUUCCACUUUCGUCAAAAACUCUUGAUGGACUUUCAAAACAUAAAUAUAUAGCACCAACAGACAUUCAGAAGCAAAGUAUUGGAUUAGCUCUCGCUGGCAAUGAUAUUUUAGGAGCUGCUAAGACUGGUAGUGGAAAAACUCUAGCUUUUCUUAUUCCGAUACUAGAAAAACUCUACUGCAUGCAAUGGAGUAGGUUAGAUGGUAUUGGAGCGCUUGUAAUCACUCCAACUCGUGAAUUAGCAUACCAAAUUUAUGAAACUCUGAGAAAAGUUGGAAUACAUCAUGAUUUUUCGGCUGGUUUAAUUAUUGGCGGCAUGGACUUGAAUUUUGAAAAGAACCGCUUAGAUAAGUGUAAUAUAAUAAUUGGCACUCCUGGAAGAAUUCUACAGCAUAUGGAUAACAAUCCUCUGUUUAACUGUACCUCGAUGAAGAUUCUCGUUCUAGAUGAAGCUGAUAGAUGUUUAGAUAUGGGUUUUCAAGCUUCCAUGAAUGCUAUUAUCGAAAAUUUACCUCCAGAAAGACAGACUCUAUUAUUCUCUGCUACUCAAACUAAAUCGGUCAAAGAUUUAGCAAGACUAAGUCUAAAAGAUCCAAUGUAUGUUUCUGUUCAUGAACAUGCAAAGCAUGUUACUCCUGAAGGACUUCAACAGAGCUAUGUUAUCUGUAAUCUAGAAGAUAAAAUGGCAAUGCUAUGGUCUUUUAUUAAAUAUCAUCCUAAACAAAAAAUCAUAGUUUUUUUCGCUACUUGUAAGCAAGCGAAAUACGUUUAUGAAGUUUUUUGUAAACUGUAUCCAAAUGCGUCCAGAUUAAUGGCACUAUAUGGAACUAUUCCUCAAUGGAGAAGAGUGAAAAUUUAUGAAAAAUUUCAUCAUAAACAGAUUGCUGUACUUUUUGCAACAGAUAUUGCUUCACGAGGAUUAGAUUUCCCAGCUGUUCAUUGGGUAGUUCAAAUGGACUGUCCGGAAGAUACUAAUGCUUACAUUCAUAGAGCAGGAAGAACUGCACGGUUUCAAGAAAAUGGUGAAUCUCUCCUAGUUUUAUUACCAAGUGAGGAAAAAAUGGUUGAUAAAUUAAUUGAACGAAAAAUUCCAAUUAACAAAAUAAGCAUUAAUCCAAAUAAAUUACAUUCUCCUCAUCAUAAGCUUGAAGCUUUUCUUGUCCGAGAUGUUAGUUUAAAGGAAUCAGCUCAAAGAGCAUUUGUUGCUUAUGUAAAAUCAGUCUUCUUGAUGAAAGACAAAGAAAUUUUUAAUGUUCAUGCAUUGGAUACUGCCUCUUAUGCCAGAUCUCUAGGUUUAGCUGUUCCUCCAAGAUUACGAUUUAUACAAAGACGGCAAAAAGAGGCUAAACAGGAAGAUGACCAAGCAAAAGAUAAUAAAUCAACUGAAGAAGAUAAUUUAAGUGAAAAAAUGCUAAAAAAUCAAACAUUAUCAGAUCAUGAAAAUUCUGAUAAUGAUUCUAAUGAAAAGGAAAAUAACCAAGAAGAGUCUAGUGAUGAUGAAAAAGAAAUUCCAAUGUCUCAGAAUAUAAGAAAACCACUUUCUGGUGGUUUAACAUUUUUCGAUGAUAAUGACAGCAGUGAUGAUGAAGACAUUUUGACAGUUAAGCGAAAAAAUAUUCAAAUUGAAGAUUAUCCAGAAGAAUCAGUUAAUAAUGACGGUGAAGGAAUUGAAAGCACGAUAAAGAAUAAGAAAAUAGUGACAAAAGCUGCAGUUGCUAAGAAAAUAUUACGUAAAAAAAUUCUACCCAAUAAAAAAACAACUUUCGAUGACGAAGGAAAUGAAGUAAUUGAUUCAAUGAAAUCGAAACUAUCUGACUUAGGAAGGCAAUAUGAAAAUGCAGCAAGUUCUGGUAUCAAUAUAGAGGAAGCUAAAAAAAUUCUUCGUGAAGAGGAUAAGUUUGAUAAACAAAGAUUCCGAGAGAAGAUAAAACAAAAGCAUAAGGAAGAAAAACGAAAACUCAAAGAGCAAAGAAGGAAACUAGAAGGUGACGAUAGACAAGAACAUGAUGAAUAUGAAGAAUAUCAAGUAAGAUUAGGGCGUAAUAGUGACAGUGAAUCAGAUUCUGAGAGUCAAGCAGGUGACUCUGAUCCUGAUCAAAUUCAUGGGCCUAAAAACCAGUCGAGUGAUAAUGAAUCUGAUGAUGAUAAUAACGAUGAUCCUAACAACGAAGAAGAAAGUGAAAUUGAUGAAGAAAUCCACAGGCCACCAAAAAGGAAAUUAUUGACACAAGACAACUAUAAAAAGAAAAAGCAAAGGAUAAAAAUAUUAGAGAAUACUGAUUUAACAAUGGCAGAAGAAUUGGCCCUGCAAUUGUUGAAAAAAUAAUAAUAUUAAUUUAAUUUAAUUAAUAAAUAUUUUCAUCAAAAAUUUGUAUAGCAUCGUAUAUGAAUAAUAAAUUACUAAAUAUUACUAUCUAAAA